AUGGUGGUCAACGAGCCAGGAAAAAAGAUAACGGCCGAAACUGGUGCUCAAACUCAGACGUCUGAAAUAGAUAAUGGUGCAGAAAGACGCCACGAUGGUUCAUGUUCAGAUCCCGAGCCACAAGUUCCAUUGUUUAAAAUACAUCGUGUUAAUCAUCCCAGAGGUCGACCAAAAAAACCUGCCAGGCAUACUCACGAGGGAACCCCACGAAGUGAUUAA